UCAUUUUCCAGCCCCCAUAAAAUCCAUCACGUGACCGUCGCAGAUUAUAAUAGAAUGCCACAGAAAUUCCCUUUCUAUCUCUCUCUCCUCUCACCACCACCACGCCAAACGACAAUGGAAGCCCGAUCCGCCACAAUCGGGAAAGAUGCAGGGGGAGAAGCGAGCGCUUCUUAACUUUUAGCCCCACUGCAGACAGGUCAGUCGGCGCAGCAGGAGCAGAAUAGAAUUCUGAGCGAGGGAGCCCUAGAGAGAGGAAAUAGGAAUAGAAGACGAUCGAGCCACCCAUUCCAUCAGCCCAGAAUUUCCAUUUUUCCAUAUCGAUCUCUCACCAUUCACUUUUUCUACCCUCCUACCAGAUCUCCGCUAAAAAUCAAACAAAACCACCAACUUUUUUUUUUCGAAUGAUUUCACACAAGAGAUAGUAUAUAAAGCGGGGGUGAACCGGCGUGGUGGCUCCUGAAAAGCGAUUCCCAUUGGAAAACGGAGAGUGGGCGUCAUCCUUCGCCUCCGUGAGUGUGGAAGAUAUCUGUCUUGGUUUCAAUGCCGGAGGAGGCGCCGGAGGAGGCGCCGGAGGAGCGGGAUUAUGGGCCACGAGAUCGUCGGCUGCAGGUCGACAAACACUCAAUUACGGCAUAGCGGAGAUGGUUGGUCUUCGCGACGUGUACGUAGUAGCACCCGCCGCAUCCUUCCACCCACCGGCGGCGUACCACGAACAGUUCCUCCCUAGCGCCGAAGCCCACUCGAUCAUCCCUCUUCUAACCGCUUCACCCUACCUCGCUGAUGACGAUUCCCGCUCCUCCAUGAUCCAUCUCUGGCAAUCCCACCCGCUCCCUUCCCUUCAAGCCCCUGCGCUGCCCCAAAACCCUAACCCUAGUCCCUCACCGGAACUGGAAUCCCCCGACAUCCUCUUCGUUACUGGGGGAUCUUCCACUUGCCAAGACUGCGGGAACCAGGCCAAGAAGGAUUGCAGCCACCGUCGAUGCCGCACGUGCUGCAAAAACCGCGGAUACGAUUGUUCGACACACAUUAAAAGCACAUGGGUCCCAGCUGCCCGCCGCCGCGAGCGACAUCUCACCGCUUCCGAUUCCGCAGCCGCAGUUGCGGUUUCUUCCUCCGGUAUCAUCUCAGCUCUAAAGAAGCCCCGUCUUCUAUCUUUUCAGACAACCACCACCUCCCACGAAUACAACUCCGGCACUCUCCCUCUUAGCUCCGAAACCGGCUCAAGCCACCAGG